UGUUCUGCUGGCUGUGACAUCACAGAGGAUAGGUGAUACUGGCACCUGUGUCCAGGGGCAGCACAGGGCAGUUGGAUUCUGGCAGCCAGCCAUGUCUUUAACUGUGGCCUUCAUCCUGGCCCUGUUAGCCACCUAUGCUGGGAAGGUGAAUCUAAAAAUUGAAAAGGAUGAAGUUAAACAGCUGCUGGAGCAUGAGGAAUAUUUGUACCAAGAGAUGAUUCGGCUCCUGGAGGAGAUUGAGGGGAGCAGUGGCACCAUGGAAGCCCUGCUCUGCUCUGCGCUGGAAAAGCAGUGGCUUCUUUGGGUCAGUGCAGCAGUCCUGGUUCAGGUUCUUGCCAUGGGCUGCUGGCUGGUCAGGAGAAGAAAGUGUGGCUCUGCCAGCAGGAGGAGGCAGGAGGGAUCCAGCAGGAAGGAGAAGCAGGGCCUGCCCAGCACAAAGGUGCUGCAGGAGCUGGUGGAAGAGCUCCUCGGCGUCUGCCGAGUGCUGUCCCGGAGGAACUUCAUGCCGGAGCUGCACCCAGGCGCUGGGACAGACACCAGCCUUAACUGCAGCGUCCAGGAGAGCAGCAGCACCUACCGCACGCUGGUCAUCCUGCGGCCACCGCCCGGCCACUCCUUCAGCCCAGGGAGCAGGAAAUGGCUGCCAGCCGAGCGCAUCCGUGUGGGGCUGGAGUGCCUGUGCUCCGGGGAGCAGCUGCUGGGGCACACGUGCUUUCUCCAUGCCUCUGGUGGCCAGCUGCCCAGAGACCAGGAGUGGUAUCUGAUGGACACCCUCUGCACGGGCUCCUACUUAGACCCAGACAAAGUCACCCGCUGGGUGCAAAUGUUGGUGACGUUGGCCUGGCUGCUCCUGCCGCAGUCGCGCCAUUUCCAGCUGACGGCGCUGCCCUGCGGCAAGUCCUGCAGGUUCCGGCUGAGCGGCGCCUCUGGCCUGCACUGCAGCAUCGAGAUGGUUCUGGCCGUGCAGCAAGGCAGCUCCUGUGCCUGCCCGAGCCUUGAGUAGGCAGCAGCCGGCUCUGCCAGCAGCACCGUGCGGGCCACAGAGCUGCCACCUCUCUGACUCACUGCCACGAUGGCUGUGCUACUGAGGUGACCUCUUGUAUCCAUCCCAAAUGUAACAGAGCCUAAGUAAAAAAUUUUCAUCACAUACUGAUUUUAAACUGCUGGCGGCUGCUGUGUUCCCAGACUUGUUCUUCUGAUCUUCAGCAAGGAGGUGGGGGUGUUCCUAGAAAAAUAAAAUACAAACUUCCUGAGCAAAACCAA